UUUUUCAAUUAAUUAUAAACAAUUAAAAAUUGAUGAAAUUUAAAUAAAAAUCACGUGACUAUAAACGCGCCAUGAUUGGUCACCAUAGUUGUGACGUCAUAAUGUUAUAGCUAUUUAAUAACAGUACAGCGUUUACGGCUAUUACACGUGUCUAGACAAUAAUAUUAAAAAUUUAUUGCUAAAAUACGAGUUGUUAGUUGGUUUCGAUUAGCUAUGUGUGAUAAAGGAUUUAUUAAGGCAAAGUCUGAUAAUAUUCCUGAUGUUGAUAUAUUUAUGAUCACCGAUUUUUUAAAAAAUGACGUUCGGUUUAAUUCUGCUGAAGUUCGAGGUGCCAAGGCAUCAAGAGCAUCGCGUGAGAGUUACGGCGACAAAGCUAUAGGUUAUGUUCAACUAAGUCGUAAAAAUAAUAUUUGUAUUGUGAAAGGACGGGUAUGUCCAGAACACCGAGUUCGGAGUAAAUCUUAUUCAGUUACUUUAACUAUUAAUGAAAAGUCAAAAAAAAUUCAGGAUGUUCAAUGCCAUGACUGUGCAGCUUCAGCAGGUGGUUGCAAACAUGCAUUAGCAUUACUUAUGUGGACCCAUCGUAGAAGUGAAGAUCCGACACCAACAGAAGUCGCUUGCUAUUGGAAAAAAUCUCGAUUAUCAGGCAUUGGUACAGUUAUAAAAUAUAUUGAAGCAGAAAAACUGACAAAAAAAACCUCUACUACUCCUGUUGAAAAUUUUCCGGAUAAUAGUACAUUUUUACAAGAAGUUGUCGAAUUUGCCAAAAAUCAACAAAUAAAUUCUCAAAUUGGGCAAUUAAAUUUUGAUUUAGAAUCCAAAAAAUCUUACAAUUUAUCGUUACAUCGAUUAAUUUUGGAUUUUAAUCAAAAUAUUGAUUUGCGAGUAGAGAAAUUUUUGGAAUUCGCUAAAACUGAAAUGGCAGAAGAUGUGUGUGAAGAAGCUGAACAGCUAACCAAGCAGCAAAGUGAAUGUGCAAUUUGGCAUGAACUUCGUUAUGGACGCAUUACUGCAUCAAAAUUUUAUGAAGCUGCUCAUUGUAAAAGUAAUAAUGGUUCGCUAGUUCAACAAAUCAUUGGCGCAAGUAAAGUUCAUGAGACAAGCGCUAUGACACGAGGAAAAGAGUUAGAAAAAGAUGUAAUCGAAGUUCUUGAGAAAGAAUUAAGAGUAAAAAUAACGCGUCCGGGGAUGUAUCUUGUACCUAGUUAUCCGAUUUUUGCAGCAUCUCCUGAUGGAAUGACAAGCAAUGCCAUUGUUGAAGUAAAAUGUCCCGCCAGUCAUAAAUCAUUGGAUAUUUUUCUACCAAAAGGUAAAGUCAGCUUGAAGUGUAAUGCCCAAAUGCAACUACAAAUGUUAUUGACUGGUAAAAAAGAAGGUAUCUUUUGUGUUGCUGAUCCACAUUUUGAAGAAAAUAAAACUAUUUACACUAAAAAGUAA